AUAGUGGUGCGUCUGGUGGCCGGUGGGUCGCCCAUAGGGCCCGGCCUGUCGAACAGGCCGGUAUAAAAAGGUGGCCAGCUGGGAGGUGUGCAACAGUCUCACCUGUGCCCCCCUCCCAUCGAGACCAUGAAGCUGGUGAUCCUCUGCCUGUGCGUGGCCGCGGCCGUGGCGAGGCCCCAGGACACCCCGCCGGCGGAGCUUCUGCGGCUGGACAGCACCCAGAACGAGGACGGCUCCUUCCAGUACGCCUUCGAGACCAGCGACCCCAUCACCGUCGAGGCCGCCGGACAGGCCAAGCAGAUUGGAGAGGAGAUCGGAGUCGUCAUGCAGGGAUCCUACAGCUUCGAGACCCCUGAUGGUCAGACAAUCACCAUCAACUGGGUGGCCGACGAGAACGGCUUCCAGCCGCAGGGCGAUGCCAUCCCGGUGGCUCCGGCGGUUUAAACGUGAUAAUUCAUUGGCGCCGACUCACUGAUCCAUUCCGACCCCGCACGAUUCGUCCAUGUUCAUUUAGUUGUUUUCAUUUUAUUGUAUAUUGCACAUGUUCGCUGCCGAAUACAUACAUCGCGGCCACA